AUGGAUACAACUACUACCUCAUCAUCAUCAUCUUCACAGGCAAUAGUACAAUACUCAUCAUCAUCAUUGACAACUACAUCAUCUCCUUCAAAGAUGGAUGAUUUACUUCGUUGUCCAAUAUGCUUUGAUUACAUUGACAUUGCAAUGAUGAUCAUUUCAUGUUCACAUAACUACUGUUCACUAUGUAUUAAGAAACACUUUUCUCAAUCUAAACUACAUUGUCCAUUGUGUCGAAAGGCAGCAACAUCAUCGGAUCUAAAGAAUAACAGACUGUUGGAUGAGAUCAUAACAUGCUUUAAAGUACAUCUUGCGAAUGGUCUACUCAACAAUUCACAUCUCAGUCCAGAGAAGAACAUCAACAACAACACUAGAACAAAGAAACGUCCAUCACCUUUCAAUUCACCAGAGGUGUCCAAUGAGAAGAAGUCAAGAUCAACUUAUAGCAACAUUGAUGACAACAGUCAACAAUCACAUGACCAAUCACCUGGAAACAACUCUAGGAUGCUGACUCGUUCAAGAUCACAGAAGGAAGGCAUUCAUUUAUCAAACUCUCUUUGGUCAGACUCACUUGCUAUGGGUGCUCCCAAGAAGAGAUCAUCACGUUCACCAAACAAGAGUCAAGAUAGUCAGCAGCAACAACAACAGCACAGCGAUAAUGACACUUCAGACAUACUGGACCAACUUCCAAGCAGUGGCGAAAGCAAUGUCAAUGUUCCAGCACCAAUCAAACUACCCGAUAAGGUCAGGUGUCCAUCAUGUGAUCUGUUGGUAUCAGCAUCCUUCCUUCAACGCCACAGGGACUUUUGCGACGACGAUAGCAUCCAAUCAUCACAACCAUCACAAUCAGUAUUAUCAUCAUCAUCAUCAAAGAGUCAAGCAAACUCAAUGCAACUGGCCAUCAUCACACCGCCUAGAUUGACUCCACUACCCAAGCUUUGCUACUCAAUAAUGAACAGUCGACAACUUAAAGACGCACUCAAGAAUCUUGGACUGAGGACGAAUGGAAGUCGUGACGUUAUGAAGACUCGGCACAAAGAGUAUACACUUCGACACAACAGUCAGUGCGACAGUCUAAAUCCAAAGUCGACUGAAGAGAUUAUCAGGGAACUGUAUGAGCAUGAGGAUUUGACGACGAAGCCAAAGGCCAAGACCCAACGAGCGACCAAACGUACAUCUGCAUCCUCAUCUUCAUCAUCCGCCGCAACUCAAUCUACUACAACGCCACAAUCUCAAAGUGCAGAUGACUCAUCACAGAGCGUUAUGAUAUUACCACCGCCAACAUCAACAUCCAAUGGUAACGUUGCAGCUGUACGAUAUGUUUGA